AUGAGCGCACGUAAGAGCAACACCCAACAGCGAGUGGAGCACGAGCUGAGGGAGGAGCGCGCCAGGGAACAGCCAGUGGCGAAACGGAGACGGGACUCCGAUUCCGUUCUCCAGCUUCUGGCGUCCCCCCUGGUGUCGCGAUCCCCGUCACCGGUCAGCGAGGCUGACGAGGAGUCCACCGGGGAGAUCUUGGACGUGGAGCUGCCGUCCGAGGAGGAGGACCCAGGCGCAGACGCGACGGAGAUCGCAGAGGUCGUCGCCAUCUCCUUUGACGAGAGUGGACCAGAGGACGCGAGUGAGGAGGAGGAGGAGGGGACGGAGACCGUCAGUCCCGACGUGGCGCGGCGAGCUGCGAGGGACCGGAUGGUCUUCCGCCGGUUGAGCAGGGCGACGGCAGGGCUCGGGAGGAUCUGCCUAGGGCAGAUACCACCGUCGGGCAAGCCCAAGGAGUGGGCUCGGAUCCUGGAGGCGCGGGCGGGGCAGCCGCAGCCGCCGCUACCGCCACCACGUUCGCCGACGCCACCACCACGAUCGCCGUCACCGCUGCCAAACUCACCAUCACCACCACCAUUGUCGCCGCCGAGGCAGCAUGAGUGGCACCUGCCACAAGCGCAUGUCGCGCAAGCGGCCGAGGAGGCAGCAGAGGAGGCCAGGAUGCGAGAGGCCAUCGAAGCCAUCGAAGCCAUCGAGUGGCGCCGCCCACCGCCGUUGAACCCGCGCGAUUCGAGGGCCAAGUCGGCGAAACGCGUCGCGGAGACGGCCGAUCGCGAGGGGCUGGAGGUGACGACCGAGGAGGAACGCGAGGCCCAGGAGGGGCUGGAGAAGGGGCCAUGGGAGUGGCCAACACCGCCCGAGACGUCGCGGGACACGGCGCCACCCCCCGAAGCUGGAGCGGCAGACUUCGUGCCCGGAGUCGCGAGCCUCACCGGCGAGGCCGACGCUGCGGAGACAGCAGUCGGAGGGCGCGGAACCGCGGGGAAUCGCGGACCAAGCACGCGGGCUGGCAGAAAACACGAGGCUGCCGUAGGUGUAUGGCGAAGGGGGGGGUCACUUGCUGCCGCAAGGGUCUCCCGGGGCACGCGGUCCAGGGUCAGCACCCUGAGACAUGUCAGGGGCAUCAGGGGCAUUAUGGUCAUGGAGUCGCUGUAA